CCUUUUAGAACUGUCAUUUAUACUUGGCAUCCCUACAGAGUAUUGCUAGUUAUAAAUAAGUCAACAUCACUGAUAUUCCAGAAAUUUGUAAGAAAAUGCAAAUUGCAAAAGACCUUUCGAGCGUUUCGAAAAGGAAACCGAUAUGUUUGAUAGUCCUCGGGAUGGCUGGUUCGGGUAAAACCACGUUCGUUCGUAAACUUGCCCAGUAUAAUCAUACUGAGCACAAUCCAUAUCUCAUUAAUUUGGAUCCGGCCUGUCGAGAAGUUCCUUACCCAGCAAAUGUUGAUAUACGUGACACCAUUAAUUAUAAGGAGGUUAUGAAACAAUAUAAUCUCGGUCCAAACGGUGGUAUUGUGACCGCUUUAAAUUUGUUUUCAACAAAGUUUGGCAAAGUUAUUGAACUUGUUGAGCGCACUGAAGAUAAACAUAAGUAUUGUAUUAUUGAUACUCCUGGACAAAUCGAAGUGUUUACAUGGUCAGCAUCCGGGACCAUCAUUACAGAAGCAUUGGCCACAGUAUUUCCUACUGUUGUGGUAUACGUAAUGGACAUCGUUCGUUCUACGAGUCCCACUACAUUUAUGUCAAACAUGUUGUACGCUUGUUCCAUUCUAUACAAAGCUCGAUUGCCGUUCAUAAUAGUGAUGAAUAAAAUCGAUGUUCAAGAGUUCGGUUUUGCUAUUGAGUGGAUGCAAGAUUUCGAGUCAUUCCAAGAAGCUCUGGAAACGGAAACAACAUAUGUCAGUAAUUUGACUCGAACUAUGUCUUUAACGUUGGAUGAAUUCUAUCGCGAUCUGAAAGCUUGUGGAGUAUCAUCAAAAACGGGUAUCGGGUUCGGAAAAUUUUUUGAGCUGGUAGAUGAAGCAUCAACCGAGUACUUGAAUGAUUAUAAAGCUGAAUAUGAAAAACUGCGAAUAGAAAAGAUCGCAGCACAAAAGCGAAAGGACGAGGAGAAGCUUAACAAUCUUUAUCGUCAAGGGAAAGGUGAAGAAGUUUCUUUGAUAAGUCAAAUUAGCAGCGGACGAGAUCGAGCAGACCUGUAUUUAAAACAUCCAGGCAAUGAGAGUUCGGAAGAUGAAGAAGGACAUGAGAAUGAUGCAACUAUUUGUCCAGGUGACGAUGAAGCAGAAGAAGCAAACUUUAUUUCAUUUGUUCAAAAACACAAAGAACAGUACGAAGAAAGGAUAGCAAAGCAAAAGCAAACAAAUGAUUAAAUCGAAUAAACUUUAUUCAAAUGUUCAACACCAAAUCGCAA